CGCCCCGGCUGAGCGCCCCGUCCCGUCCCGUGCCGUGCCCUGCCGUGCUCUGCCGUGCCGUCCUGCCCCGUCCCGCCCCGCGGACCUUGGCCGGGGAUGCUGGCGGGAUGCCGGGCUCCGGAGCGGCCGCGCUGGCCCGGGCGCUGCUGGCCGGGGCGCUGCUGCUGCUGCUGCUGCCCCCGCCGCCCGUCCUGCCCCAGCCCCACCGGCGGAACGUGACCGAGACGGAAGCCCAGUUCAACACCACCUACACCGACUGGGUGGACGCCGACCUGCUCCACAUCUACGCCUUCAACCACAGCGUGCGCAGGAACGCGACCGAGGGCGUGCGGGUGUCGGUGAACGUCCUGUCGGACCACAAGGACCUGCCCGUGCUCUUCGUGGUGAGGCAGAAGGAGGCGGUGGUCUCCUUCCAGGUGCCGCUCAUCCUCCGGGGCCUGUACCAGCGGAAAUACGCGUACCAGGAGGUGAGCCGCACGCUCUGCCAGCCGCAGACCAAGGCCGAGGUGGAGACCCAGCACUUCUACGUGGAUGUCUCCACACUCUCCCUCAACGCCUCCUACCAGCUGCGGGUCACCCGCGUGGAGAACUUCGUGCUGCAGACAAAUGAAAGGUUCAGCUUCAACGCCACGGCCUCCCAGCCGCAGUACUUCAAGUAUGAGUUCCCUGAGGGAGUGGACUCGGUGAUCGUGAAGGUGACCUCGGCCAUGGCCUUCCCCUGCUCUGUCAUCUCCAUCCAGGACAUCCUGUGCCCUGUCUACGACCUGGACAACAACGUGGCCUUCAUCGGGAUGUACCAGACCAUGACGAAGAAGGCGGCCAUCACGGUGCAGAAGAAGGAUUUCCCCAGCCACAGCUUCUACGUGGUGGUGGUGGUGAAGACGGAGGACGAGGCGUGUGGGGGGGCUCUGCCCUACUACCCCCUCUCCAAAAACGCCUCUCCAGAUGAACCCGUGGAUCAGCACAACCGGCAGAAGAUGCUGGAGGUGAUGGUGUCACCUGCCAUAACCUCGGAGGCCUACGUGAGCAGUGUGCUCUUCUGCCUCAGCAUCUUCCUCUCCUUCUACGUCCUCACGCUGCUCAUCGCCUGCUGGGAGAGCUGCCGGCAGCACAAGAGGAGGGGGCUCCUGUCAGCCAUGGACUCGCCCAGCCUGGACACAGCAUCACUCCUGGGACACUCCCGCAGCAUCCCCGACUCCUUCCUGGGCCGUGGUUACGACAGCUACGGUUACGGCUCCUUCGGGAACGGCUCCUCCAGCAGCACCGAGGGCGUCACGGACAGCCUGGGCUCCACAGAAGUCUCCUACAGUUACGUGGGGCAGGAGCAGUUCAAGCGGCGCACGCCCUCCGCCCCGACGAGGCCGCUGAGCAUUCCCAUGGGGGAGCGAUCCCUGGAGAACGUGGCCGGCCGGCCCCGCCUGGACUCGCUCAGCUCCGUCGAGGAGGAUGACUACGACACCCUGGCUGACAUUGACUACGACAAGAAUGUCAUCCGCACCAAGAAAUACCUGUGUGUGGCCGACCUGGCGCGCAAGGACAAGCGGGUGCUGCGGAAGAAGUACCAGAUCUACUUCUGGAACAUCGCCACCAUCGCUGUCUUCUACGCCCUGCCCGUCAUCCAGCUUGUCAUCACCUACCAGACGGUGGUGAACGUCACUGGCAACCAGGACAUCUGCUACUACAACUUCCUGUGUGCCCACCCGCUGGGGAACCUCAGCGCCUUCAACAACAUCCUCAGCAACCUGGGCUACGUCCUGCUGGGUUUGCUCUUCCUGCUCAUCAUCCUGCAGCGUGAGAUCAACUACAACCGGGCGCUCAUGCGCAAUGAUGCCCACGCCCUGGAGUGCGGCAUCCCCAAGCACUUCGGGCUCUUCUACGCCAUGGGCACCGCGCUCAUGAUGGAGGGGCUGCUCAGCGCCUGCUACCACGUCUGCCCCAACUACACCAACUUCCAGUUCGACACCUCCUUCAUGUACAUGAUCGCGGGGCUCUGCAUGCUGAAGCUCUACCAGAAGCGCCACCCAGACAUCAACGCCAGCGCCUACAGCGCCUACGCCUGCCUGGCCCUCGUCAUCUUCUUCUCCGUGGUCGGCGUGGUCUUCGGGAAGGGGAACACGGCCUUCUGGAUCGUCUUCUCUGUCAUCCACAUCUUGGCCACGCUGCUGCUGAGCACCCAGCUCUACUACAUGGGGCGCUGGAAGCUGGACUCGGGCAUCCUGCGCAGGAUCCUGCACGUGCUGUACACGGACUGCGUGCGGCAGUGCAGCGGGCCCAUGUACGUGGACCGAAUGGUGCUCCUGGUCAUGGGAAACAUCAUCAACUGGUCGCUCGCUGCCUACGGCCUCAUUGUCCGCCCCAAUGACUUCGCUUCCUACCUGCUGGCCAUCGGCAUCUGCAACCUCCUCCUCUACUUCGCCUUCUACAUCAUCAUGAAGCUUCGCAGCGGCGAGCGCAUCAAGCUCAUCCCCCUGCUCUGCAUCAUCAGCACCUCUGUGGUCUGGGGCUUUGCCCUCUUCUUCUUCUUCCAGGGGCUCAGCACCUGGCAGAAAACGCCAGCGGAAUCUCGGGAGCACAACCGUGACUGCAUCCUGCUCGACUUCUUUGACGACCACGACAUCUGGCACUUUCUCUCCUCCAUCGCCAUGUUCGGCUCCUUCUUGGUGCUGCUGACACUGGACGAUGACCUGGACUGCAUCCAGCGGGACAAGAUCUACGUCUUCUAGGAGCCCGCAGCCUCACGCUGCCCUGGGACUGUGCCAAACACCCCGCUGCAGCCCCGGGAGGGGGACCCACCCCCGGGGAGGGAUGUCCGUGCUGCAGGUCCUGCCAGCCGCUCCGUCCCCCUCCCCACGCAGCCUGGGGGUCCCGGUGCACCUCCUCCCUGUCAGCCAGGUCCCUCCAGGCACUAUGUGCCCAUCCCUGGGCCUGUCGUGGCCAAAAACAGGGCCGGGGGGCCACCGGCGCACCGUCCUCGGUGGCAAGUGACACUGGAAAAGGUGCUGCUGCUCCGUGUCCGUGUGCCCGUGGGCGCGGCGAGGGGAUUGCGGCGAGCGCCGUGCCAGCAGCCCCGGGGCCCCCCGAGCUCGCGGGUGUGGGUCUCUCUUCAGUGCCUGAGUCGUAUGGGUGGGAGGUGGGGGUGUGUGGGGCCAGCACGGUGGUGGCAGUGGCCAGAGAGGCCCCACUCGUGUCCCCUGCAGUGUCCCGGGGGGGUGGCUGUGGCGGGCCCCCGUUGCCGCUCCCACUGAGGUGCCGCGCGCUCUCCGCGCGUGGAUCUGCUGGGAAGGGACUCGCAUUAAAGUGUCUGCACUUUG